UGUGUGUGCGCGUCCGUGCGUGUGUGUUGGUGCUGAAGUUGCAUUGCAGGGGUGGGACUCCUGCAUUCAGAUCUUCAUCAUGCGCAGAGGAAAACCCAGACUCACUUCAGAUCGGAUCUAAACACAAGCGAUCGGGUCCUGAACGUGUCGUGCAUCUGAUGCUGUAAUGCGCGUUAAUUGAUGGAUGAAAGUGUGCACCAGCAGGAGAGGGAGAAACAGACACUGCUGAAGGUGGCACUAUGUCUGUGCAGGGUCAGGAUAUUUCUGAAUAUCAUCUGAGCGUGGUGCUGAACCCGCCUGGCUGGGAGGUGUGUUUGUUUGUUUUCGGGUUCCUGGUUCUGUUUGCUGUGGUUAUAGUGAAUCUGUGGAAGUUAUAUAAAUCCGGCUCCUUCCCGACUCCCUCUCCGUACCCGAACUUCCACUACCGCUACCUGCAGGAGAAAUAUGGCUCCUCCCACACUGAGAUCAGACAGAAGCGUGUUGCUGCUUCCAACCAGCGGAGGGCGUCCUCUGCGAGCCGAAAGCCGAGUCUCCAGCUCUUGGACACUCCUGAUGGUCUUCGGGAUCUGGGAACGCUGGAGUUGAUGAGCCGAGAGCUGGAUCAAAGUGGAGGCUCCCUGAACCGAUCCAUGUCCUCCGAAUCGCUGUGUUCUAUCUCCUCCGUCGCUCAAACCUUCGGGCACGACUUCACGGUGGGACAGCUGGAGGUCACGCUGGAGGUGGACACUCGGGCUUCGCUUCUGCUCGUCUCACUUCACCAGGGUAAAGACCUGCUGGAGAAGGAGGAGGAGAACUUCCUGGGCUGCUACAUCACCGUCACGCUGGUCCCUCAGCAGAUCAGCCUGGGAGCCACGCAGGUCCAGAGAAAUGCCUUCACUGUGGUGUUUGAUGAGCGUUUCUCUGUUCCACUGGAAUCGGUAAAUCUUGAGGAGAACAGUCUGCGAUUCUCCACCUUUGGUGUGGAUUCAGAUGAACGGAAUAUCAGUGCUGGAGUGGCAGAACUCAAACUAUCAGAUCUGGAUCUGGCAUUCCGGCCGUUUAAUGCUUGGCUCUACCUGCAGGACAUCAACAAGGCUGUGGACGCUGUCGGUGAGAUCCUGUUGUCUCUUAGUUAUUUGCCAACUGCAGAACGUCUCACCGUGGUCAUUGCCAAAGCCAAGAACCUGGUCUGGACUAAUGGAAAGACCACAGCAGAUCCAUUUGUGAAGGUGUACCUGCUCCAGGACGGCAGGAAGAUCAGUAAAAAGAAGACGUCUAUAAAAAGAGACGAUACUAAUCCAAUCUUCAAUGAGGCUAUGAUCUUCUCAGUGCCAGCCAUCGUCCUGCAGGAUCUCUCUCUGAGAGUGACGGUCGCUGAGAGCACAGAAGACGGCCGUGGUGAAAACGUGGGUCAUGUGAUCAUCGGACCAGAGGCCAGUGGAAUGGGAAUAACUCACUGGAACCAGAUGCUGGCGACUCUGCGGAAACCGGUUUCAAUGUGGCACCCGCUCCGGAGGACCUAAGUCCUUGAGUCCUGACCUCUGACUCCUGUCUGCAUGGUGCCUACUGUCUAACUGUCCCAACAGUAAAGACGUUUGAACAUGAAGAGAAAAUUUUUGUGUCUCAGCUGUACCAACGAUGGAUGGAACUGUAAUGAGAGAAAGACAAAAAAAGAGAAAUCGGCGGCUCAGGAUGUCUCAUCUGUAAGGGUCUUUGAAAUCCAGGUUUUCUUAUCCAGGUUAACUUCAUUUCUACAUAUGAUAACAGGGUGGCUGGUUGUGUGCUGCAGCCUUUCGAUGGAGUGUAAAAUGUGACAGAAAUUGUAGCCACAUCCUGUUGUACAAAAAAGUAAAGCAUAAAAAUAGGAAAAAUAAUCAUUUGUUUGGCCAUAAAUAUUUAUUAUUAUUUUUAUUAUUAGGAUUUUAAAUAGUCUUAUUUUUCUCUGCAUAAACAUUAAAAUACAAAUAUAAGGCAUAACUGGGACUUUCUGUCCAUUUUCUCAGGCAAGUGCAAUGUCACUUAUUAGCCUAAUAGUGGCGCCAUCAAGCCACAUCACGUAUCUAAGAUGCAGCAUUGAGGUGCUUUGUUUUUUAGUUGGCCAGUUUAUGAUAUUUGUUACUAUUAUUUAAAGUGCAGAAUUUAUUUAUUUAUGUAUUUAUUUAUUUAUUUGCCUAAUGCAUUUUACCACUAGGGGGCGUGCAAGAACUUUAUAAAAAUCAAUACUGGGGAAGUUGCUGAAAACAGUAAUCUUUUAAUAAUUACCUCUUAUGUUUUGUAUAGCAGUGUGAUUACUAGUUGCUCUGAACAGUAACAACAUUACACAUUACUUAAAUUAAUUCAGUUAUUCAUUUCUAAAAUCCAAACUUAAAUUAAUUUAAUGUAUUUCCCAUUUCACAGGAGAGCCAUUCUCAAACUUGGUUAGCAUGUCAAAAUGAAAGAAAGUGCUUUUUGAUCAAUUGUAUAUUUGUUGUUGGACCUUAAAUAUAGUUGUUAAAUUAGCCUUAGUACAUUAAAAUCAUAUAUGUAGCGCAAGUAACUUCAAAACAGUAACUGUUACUGGAUUACUGAAAAAUAAAGAGUAAUCCCUUACUUUAUUUCAUCACAGGAACAUGUACUUUGUAGUUUUGUACUUUGUAAUGCAUCACCCCAACACUGCAUAGAAAACAUGCAUUCAUAUCAAACUGGAAUAUGUAUAAAUGAAUAUAUAUUUCCUUUCACAGUUUUCUUCGGCACGAAAGAAAAAGGUUUUAACUGCCGCAAUAAAUAUUUUGAUGACAGAAUGUAAAAACUUCAUACCAAAAUCUGUGAAUCACAUCCUAAACACCUAAAAUAUUUUGUAGAAUGAAUACCAGAUUUGAGCUUCUUGCAGUGAAGUCAUUUGAUUUAAUGAAGUGCUGCAAAUGCUGUGAUUCAUUUUUACUACUAACAAUAUUUUAAGCUUGUCAUUAAACUUCAUUAUGUGCCAAACUCACCCUAAUAGAAGCAAUAUUCUCAUUUGCCGUGUACAUCUGAUGUUGGUGAACUUUAAAAGAUCUAAAGAAUGAUAUAAAACAUAACUUUACAAUGCAUGCACAUGUAAUGUAGGACAUAUUGCAGUCAAAUGAAUUGUUUAAAUAAAGAUGCUUUAUGUGGUUUGUUUCA